AUGCCUUCGCUACCUUCCCAGGACCGUGAGGAAGAUCGCUUCACGCCAGCUGUUGAACCAAUGCAUGCGAAAUCGGCGGAGGAGCGGAAUGCGUUCCUGUCCAUGUUGAGGAAGGAUAGCAAAUCACACCGUGAAAUCACGGAUGGCUAUCUGAACUUCUGGCAAGCCGAUGGUGGGAAAGCAAGAGACGAUACCGAGGAUGAGCGAGACGGAAGGAUGAGCAAAUACAUGUCUCUUGUGAACAGCUACUACGAUCUAGCCACAGAUAUCUACGAGGAAGCAUGGGCACAAUCUUUCCAUCUCUGCCGCUUUGCGAUUGGCGAACCGCUGCAGCAGGCUCUUGCACGACAUGAGCAUUACUUAGCUUAUAGGAUUAAUUUGAGCCCAGAUAUGCAUGUGUUGGAUGUGGGUUGUGGAGUUGGACGCCCGGCCAGGGAGAUGGCAACCUUCACGGGGUGCAAUGUUGUGGGCUUGAAUAAUAAUGGAUAUCAGAUCCAGCGCGCAAAAGCGCAUGCAGAAAGGGAGCGCCUGAGUCACAAGGUCUCCUUCGUCAAGGGGGAUUUCAUGCACCUGGAAUUUCCCGAAAAUUCGUUCGACGCCGCGUACGCUAUUGAGGCCACAGUGCACGCCCCUUCUCUCCAAGGUGUCUACGAACAGAUCUACCGGGUUCUUAAACCUGGAGGAACAUUUGGUGUCUACGAAUGGGUCAUGACGGACAAAUACGACGAUUCCGAUUCUCGCCACCGCGCUAUCCGUCUGGGAAUCGAACGCGGAAAUGGUAUUGUGAGUAUGAAGACGCGAAAGCAUGCUGUGGACGCUAUCAGAUCAGUGGGGUUCGUCCUGGACUACGAGGAAGAUCUAGCUGUUUACCCGGAUGAAAUCCCUUGGUAUGCACCCCUUGCAGGAGAGUUCCGAUCUGGUGGUACGCUUUGGGAGCGCUUGACCGCACUGAGGUUAACUUGGAUGGGGAGGAUGGCGAUGAGCAGGCUUCUCGGAGUACUAGAGGGAAUCAGGUUGGCUCCGCCAGGGACUGUGGAGACUAUGAAUGAGCUCUCCCAGGGGGCCGAAGCACUGGUAAGUGGGGGAAGAGAAGGCUUGUUUACCCCAAUGUACUUAAUGGUUGCGAAAAAACCCCUGCAAGGGAAGACGUGA